AUGAACUGCAAAACGAUUUGAAACACCAAUUUUUGUAACAGUUGUCUAAAUUUAUAUGUCUCUGUUGAUUUAAAACAAAACAAGUAGAUAUGAAACCAUUAAGAAAAUACAUGUUGAAUGACCUUUGUUUACUUCUGAUUUGAUUGAAGUAGGUAAGGGUUAUUGUGAAUUAAAAGAGUUGAACAACACCAAACUGUAAAUUAAAUGAUCUUCUUAACUACUUUAUAUUACACUUGAGACAAAUAACAAAUCUCUCAUACCUUCUCUUCGCUUUUAUCAUCUACCUCUUUUGCUUCUUUCUUAACCAAUAUUCGUGAACUCUCAAUUAAUCUCUCUACCUCAGCUUCUUCCUUUUUUAAAUCUCAUUGCUAUGGAUCCAAAUAAUACUCCUAAUAGUCAGUCUCAACCCUACUUUAGUCUCUUAAACUUCCCAUACGACGGCUAUGCUCCCAAUGUAAACAUUGGUUCCUCUCAAAUCCCUUCUUUUAGUUCACAAACUAGUUCACAGCCCACUCAACCUCCUACUCAACCAGAAGAGACAGCAGAACAGCGUAGGGAGAGAAGGAUUUGGUCCACAGAAGAUGACUUAGUCUUGAUAAGCGGGUGGUUAAACACCUCUAAAGAUGCAAUAGUUGGGAAUGAUCAAAGGUCAGGCUCCUUUUGGAAGCGCAUAUCUGAGUACUAUGGAUCAAGUACUCAUGGACUUGGAGGUGCUGAGCCAAGACUCCCUGACCAUUGUAGACAAAGGUGGCAAAAAGUCAGCAGGCAUAAUGCUCACCAAAUCUACACUAAGAUUUACAAGAAGAAGUUUGCUUUGGAGUAUGCUUGGAAUGUUCUUCGCUAUGAACAGAAAUGGCUAAACCUGGAGGCUAUGAACCCCACUCCUAAUAAGUCAACCAGCUCGAACAAACGCAAAGCAAAUGAUGCUGCACCAUCUUCAGGCUCUGUAGUAGGUGAGCACGAGAGUAGGCCUCCUGGCAUAAAGGCAAUGAAAAAAUUAAGAAAGACCAAAGGUAAAGAGAAGGCCUCAGCAUCGGCUGCACCAUCUGCUGCAUCUGCUACACCAUCUGCUGAGUUUAGUAAAAUGUUUGAGCUAAAACAGAAGGAUGUGGAGGGAAUGAAAGAACUCCAAAAGCUGUCCAUUCUUGACAGUCUAAUUGCCAAGAAAGAAAAUCUGGAUGAAGAAGACAAAAUUGUAAAGAAGAAGCUAGUUGCUGAACUUUUUUUAACUUAGAAUAAACACUAGAUGAUUUGUCUGUUUGUCUUAUGUUUGUUUUAACUAUGUUUGUCUUUUGUUUUUAAUGUGCUUAUGAAUCAGAUAUGUAACAUUGUUCAACUUGUGCUCUUAUGUUUUUAAUGAAUCGGCUAUGUUUGUUUCCUAAAUCCUGAUUGCUUUGGUUUUGUAU